AUGCCGUCCCGUUUUUCCAAGAACCGCAAGAAACGUGGCCACGUGAGCGCCGGCCACGGUCGUAUCGGCAAGCACCGCAAGCACCCGGGUGGUCGCGGUAAUGCUGGUGGCCAGCACCAUCACCGUAUCCUAAUGGACAAGUUUCACCCGGGUUACUUUGGUAAAGUUGGUAUGCGCCAUUUCCACCUUCUCCAGAACCGCAAGCACUGUCCUACGGUGAACGUAGAGCGUCUGUGGACGUUGGUGUCGGAUAAGACAAAGGAGCAGGCCGAGAAGGCCAAAGACGGCAAGGCUCCCGUUAUUGAUGUAACCAAAGCUGGCUACUUCAAGGUGCUUGGCAAGGGCCGACUUCCUGAAGUCCCAUUGAUCAUCAAGGCCAAGUUCUUUUCAGCUGAGGCGGAGAAGAAGAUUAAGGCUGCUGGUGGUGCUUGCCUCCUGACUGCUUAA